UUCAAGAUUCUCCAUUUCUACAAAAACCUGCAAAAUGGCUCCCAGUUUCGAUGCAGCCAACGGAACCUCCCUAUUCGAAUUCGUCGUCCAAAGUGGAAACGGUGUCAAAGGCCUAGUUGAUUCCGGCAUAUCCUCUGUUCCUGACCGAUACAUACAGCCGGUUUGCGAGCGCAUUUCCCUUAACAAAGUAAACGUAGCCAAUUCUCUUCCAGGCCCGAUUGACUUAUCGGGCCUAAAUGGACCAGACCACGACGCCAUAGCUAGAGCCAUCGUAGAAGCGGCGGAGACAGUCGGGUUCUUCCAGGUCGUGAACCAUGGCAUUCCCUUGAAGGUGUUGGAAUUGGCAAAAGAGACUGCCCAUGGGUUCUUUAAUCAAAAGCCCGAAAAAAAGGCGGUUUAUUUAAACGGGGCGAGUUCAAGCCCGCUUGUGAAAUAUGGGACUAGCUUCGCCCCGAAAAAUGAGAGGGCUUUGGAGUGGAAGGAUUAUCUAAGCAUGACUUAUACAAAUGAUCACGAGGCUCUUCAACAUUGGCCUAACGAGUGCAAGGAGGUGGCUUUGGAGUAUUUGAAGGGAUCGACUGAAAUGGUGAGGAAAAUAAUUGAAGUGUUAAUGGGACAACUCGGGGUUGCGAAAAGAGUAGAUUGGUUAAUGGGAAAUAGGAUGGUGAACAUGAAUUUUUAUCCGGCGUGCCCAAAUCCGGAGUUGACGGUGGGAGUGGGGCGUCAUUCGGAUAUGGGCACGUUAACCGUGCUUUUGCAAGAUGGCAUUGGUGGUUUGUAUGUGAAUUUAGGAGAAGGUAACCACAAUGAGAAGCGAUGGGUGGAAGUUCCACCUGUCGAUGGAGCUCUAGUCAUCAAUGUUGGCGACGUUUUAGAGAUAUUGAGUAAUGGAAGAUACAAGAGUGCGGAGCAUAGGGUAAGGACGACAAACAAAGAAUGUAGAGUAUCGGUGCCGGUUUUUGUGAUGCCAUUGGCAACUGAGAAUAUCGAACCACUAGAAGAAAUUGUGGAAAAAGAUGGAGUUGCACGUUAUAAGAAGGUUUUAUACGGAGAUUAUACCAAGAACUUCUUCAAAAAUGCACAUGCCGGAAAAAAUUCACUUGAUUUUGCGAGACUAAUUUAG